AUGGAAAACUCAAAUGAAACAUCUUUCAACCGAUUCUUUCUCCUCAGUCUUGCUGAUACCCCAUACCUAAAGGCCUUCAGCGUCCUAAUUUUUCUCAUUAUGUAUCUACUGACAUUAUCAGUAAACUCUCUGCUCAUUAUCGUGGUGAGAAUCAAUUUGCGGCUUCACACCCCGAUGUAUUUCUUCUUAAGCAACCUGUCCAUCAUUGACAUUGGCAUAAGCACCUCAAUAGUCCCUAAACUUAUCAUAAUUACAAUAACUCAGGAUACAAGUAUUUCACGUCUUGAUUGUGCUUCACAGAUGUUCUUCCAUUCUGCCCUAGGAGCAACAGAGUGUAUAAUCUUGGCUGUUAUGGCCUAUGACAGGUAUGUAGCGAUCUGUAAGCCUCUGCACUACAAUACAAUCACAAACAAGAGAUUCUGCAUUUCCAUGGCUGCUGCCUGCUGGGCUUUGGGUUGUAUAAAUUCUAGCUUUCAUGUACCGUACAUCUUCCACAUGUCUUUCUGCAGGUCCCACCAUGUCAACCAUUUUUUCUGUGAGUUACCUGUCUUUUUUCCUCUGUCUUGCCAAGAUACUUGGCUUCAGGAGGUAUCAAUGUACAUCUCAGCUUGUAUAAUUGGCCUUAUUGCAUUCAUAUUGAUCCUUUUUUCAUACGCUUAUAUAAUCUCCACAAUUCUGAGUAUCCGUUCCACGAAGGGAAGACAUAAAGCUUUCUCUACAUGUGCCUCCCAUCUCACAGUGGUCUCUCUGUACUAUGGGCCCCUGAUGUUCAUGUAUUUGCGCCCUCACUCCAGAAACUCUCCUAGCACAGAGAGAACUGUGUCCAUUAUAUACACAGUUGUGACUCCAAUGCUUAAUCCCCUCAUCUAUAGCGUAAGGAAUAAAGAUAUUAAAGUUACCCUACGAGGAAGCAGUAAAAAAAUGAUUUGA